CAAAGCUCCUAGUUUCCUACGAAAAACAGAGCAAGAUUCUCGACGAACCACAUUUACCCACAAAAGUCAAAACUACAAGCAAAAACCAAAUCUGAAAACUUCCUUUUUGUCAUCUUAGGAAUCUCCUCCCACACUGCGACAAAGUCAUAAUCCAAAACAAAAUCAAUGAUUAUGAUUUAAUCACAAUUAGAUUCCACUAACUGCCAUUGCCUUUUUCUUCUUCCUUUUUGUGAUCUCAGUUUUAAGGUGCAUCAUGGCAACAAAAGGGAACGCCGGGGAGCUGAAAACCAGGGGCUCGGUGUCUAUUUUUAUAGUGGUUGGUUUAUGCUGUUUCUUCUAUAUAUUGGGCGCGUGGCAGCGAAGUGGUUUUGGCAAGGGUGACAAGAUAGCCUCAGCUAUCACCAGACAAACUGAUUGCAGCGUCCUUUCCAAUCUUAACUAUGAGACUCAUCUUGGUGGUGAUGCUGUGACGGUUGAUGGUUCAGACUCAGCAGCCAAAGAAUUCCAACCGUGUGAUGAUAAGUAUUCUGAUUACACACCCUGUCAAGAUCAAAUGAGGGCAAUGACGUUUCCUCGAGAAAAUAUGAUCUACAGGGAACGACAUUGUCCACCUGAAGAAGAGAAGCUGCAUUGUCUUAUUCCAGCACCCAAAGGAUAUGCGACUCCAUUUCCAUGGCCAAAGAGUAGGGAUUAUGUGCCCUAUGCAAAUGCUCCUUAUAAAAGCUUGACAGUUGAGAAAGCUGUACAGAACUGGAUUCAAUAUGAGGGAAAUGUGUUUAGGUUCCCAGGUGGAGGAACACAGUUUCCUCAAGGAGCAGAUAGAUAUAUCAAUCAACUUGCAUCUGUGAUUCCAAUAGACAAUGGAAUGGUCAGAACUGCAUUAGAUACUGGAUGUGGGGUUGCAAGUCUGGGUGCAUAUCUAUUCAAAAAGAAUGUUCUAACAAUGUCAUUUGCACCAAGAGACUCUCACGAAGCACAAGUUCAAUUUGCUUUGGAAAGAGGUGUGCCGGCUGUUAUUGGAGUUCUGGGAACUAUAAAGAUGCCAUAUCCUUCAAGGGCCUUUGACAUGGCUCACUGCUCUCGGUGUUUGAUUCCAUGGGGUGCAAAUGAUGGAAUGUACAUGAUGGAAGUUGAUCGAGUUCUUAGACCUGGUGGUUACUGGGUGCUUUCUGGUCCUCCCAUCAACUGGAGGAACAAUUACCAAGCAUGGCAGCGCCCUAGAGAGGAACUGGAGGAGGAACAAAGGAAGAUUGAAGAGACUGCAAAACUCCUUUGCUGGGAAAAGAAGCAUGAGAUGGGUGAGAUUUCUGUUUGGAGGAAGAGAACAAAUUAUGAUUCAUGCCACCAGCAAGAUACAAAACCUACUUUAUGUGAAUCAAGAAAUCCAGAUGAUGUCUGGUACAAGAAAAUGGAAGUGUGUGCUACACCUUAUCCUGAGACAACUGGGCCAGAUGAAGUUGCUGUUGGAGACUGGAAGCAGUUUCCUGAGAGGCUUAAUGCUGUCCCUUUUAGAAUAUCUAGCGGAUCUGUCCCUGGCGUAUCUGUUGAGAUGUAUCACAAGGAUGUGCGGUUAUGGAAGAAGCAUGUGAAAGCUUAUAAGAGUAUUAGCAACAUCAUUGACUCAGGGAGGUAUCGCAACAUCAUGGACAUGAAUGCUGGUCUAGGAAGUUUUGCUGCUGCCCUUGAAUCUCAAAAGUUGUGGGUUAUGAAUGUUAUGCCAACAAUAGCUGAGAAAGACACACUGGGGGUUAUUUAUGAGCGUGGAUUGAUUGGCAUAUAUCAUGACUGGUGUGAAGCUUUCUCCACAUAUCCUAGGACAUACGACCUCAUUCAUGCAAACAGUAUCUUCAGCUUGUACAAGAAUAUAUGUAAAGCUGAAGACAUUCUUUUGGAGAUGGAUAGAAUUUUACGACCUGAAGGGACAGUAAUAAUCCGUGAUCAAGUUGACGUGCUAAACAAGGUAAAGAAAAUUGUGGGAUUAAUGAGAUGGAAUACAAGAAUGGUAGAUCAUGAGGAUGGUCCUCUUGUCUCAGAAAAGAUACUAUUUGCAGUAAAAAAGUACUGGGUUGCUGGUGAAAAUGAUACAACAUCCUUGGAGUGAUCAAAUUAGUAAACUGAGGAACCUCUAGGCUGAUCUUAUCCUGAAAUACAAUUAUUUCUAGUAAAUUCAAGAAACUGAUGGCAACACCUAUAUGCAUCUCAGCAAUUAACAAGCUGGUUGUGAUCCAGCAUCAGCAUUCUCUGUCAUAGAUUAGUCUGUGUUCUUCUCAAAACAGAAAAGGAGUUUUAGAUUAGAUCACCUUCUUUCAAAAAGCUCCAUAUUAUUGAUUCUCAUUUAUUGUUUUCUCUGGUCAAAUAUACCUUAUCUCUUUGUACUCCAUUCAGGCUUGUCUGAAUCUGGACUGUUAACCAAUUUUCAGAUUUAUAUUCUUUCUUCCAUCAUAUUUUUUCA